CGGGGCGGGGCUCCGUUCCGUUCCUGUCAGGUGGCAGCCUAUCGCCCGCCACUCUCAAGAUGGCGGCCGUCCCAUGCCGGGAGAGGGCGGGGAAUGAGGCGGAAGUGAAAGCGGGUAGUGUUGACAGAGAGCUAUAGCUAUUGAAGCGGCCUUUGCCUGCGGAGUUGCUGAGGGGGGAGAAACGCCUUGGUGUCAGGAUGAUUCCGACGGAGGAGGCGUCCGCCCGGAGGAGGGAAAUAGAAGAGAAGCUGAAGCAGGUGGGCGGCACCUCACUGUGCAUCCCCCCCAGCAUCGUCCUCUCAGCCUCGCCCUCGUUGGGCUGAGGCGUCGGGCCCUGCUCUGCCCCCCUCCCCCGUUUAAAGUCUCCCCCCUCCAGUCUUCGGUUCCCCCUGCGUGGUUCACUGCCUCCCUCAGAGACCACAGGCCCAAACCCCUGCCCUUAACCUGGGACUCAGUUCCACUGAGGUCAGGGAGGCUUCCUUCCAAGUAAAUACAGGACUGGGUUGUGAGUGAUUCCCUAAAACCAAGUGGGGGGUAGGGAGGUGGGAGGGAAAGCCCACUACAUGGUAAGAUUGCCACUUGUUUACUGUACUUCCCCUGUAAACUGCCUGUGUGACACCCUGAAAUACAACUAUUUUCUUGGUUCUCUAAAUGAAGGGAAAAUCUUCCCCUGUUAAUUGUUUUCUGUGCUUAGCGGCACAAAUAAGCCUGGCUGUUUUGUUUCUUUGUGUCCUUUACACGUUGUCCCAAUAACUGGGUGGCUUCCAAUAAUAAAAAAAAAGGCAAGACAGGAUCACAACACUAAGGAACUGAUGCAGCAGAAAACCAGACAAAAACGAGUGCAACCGAGUUUGCAGCAGCACCAAAUUAUUGCAGACAUUUAAAGUCCAAGAAUGCUACAAAGAUGUAAAAAUCAGAAAACUAAGGCUAAGAAGGUUGACAAGCCUGCAUUUUCGUGUUGCACGAACGUGCUCCAAAAUGUUUAGAGGUAGUCCCAAGAUCCAGGAGUACAGCCUUCCCCAGCACCCUUGACAAGAGAGUGUUUCUCUAAAGCUCUGUGGUUCAGAGAACGUUGUGCCAAAUUGGAAAUACUUUAAAAUAUCAUGAAAAGGUAUAUUGGUUAAAGCUGCUUUUUAAAAUUUUGUUUAAAUUCAUACCCAAAUCUUGAAAAAAUUACAUUAAAACAUAUAAAAGCAACACCCUGUUACCAUUUUCCAAGUCUGCUAAGCAUCUAGAAAAGUAGUUCAAGAGCCAGAGUAAUGGGUUGUGUCUUUCCUCCUCUCUUGCAAUGACAGGAAGAAGAAACAUUAUCUUUCAUUAGAGAUAGUUUAGAAAAAAGUGACCAGCUCACAAAAAACAUGGUAAGUUUGCAUAACAUGCAUUUUAUUUUAAAGUGGAGCAUAAAUAUAUUAUAGGGCAAUCCUAUGUGUGUAUGUACUGGGAAGUAAGUCCUACUGAAUUCAAUGGAUCUUAUUCCCGAGUAAAUGUGCCUUACAUUGCAGUCCUAAUACAUGUUAACUGAGAAAUAAGCUGCAUUGAGUUAAAUGGAACUUAACUCCCAGGUAAGUGUGCAUAAAGAUUGCAGUGUAAAUCUCAGUUUAUGUUGUGUUUCACUUGAUGGAACUGCAAACUAAAAUACAGCAAUGCAGGUGGUUAUUGUUGAAGGAAAUGGACCCCACUGUGUACAUGAAAUAUCUCUGGUUUUGUUUUUUAGGUUUCCAUUCUCUCAUCUUUUGAAAGCCGUCUGAUGAAGCUGGAGAAUUCAAUAAUCCCUGUACAUAAGCAGACUGAGAAUCUUCAGCGCCUGCAGGAGAACGUUGAGAAGACAUUGUUCUGUUUGGAUCACGUUAUAAGUUAUUACCAUGUAGCAAAAGACACAGAGAAAAUUAUAAGGGAAGGGUGAGUUGAGUUUCAGGCCCCUCAAUAUCUUUGUGAGGUCUGUUCUUUUUUUCAGUGUCAGUCUCUUCACCUGUCUUUUACCACCUUGAAUAAUCUAAUUAAUUUUAAGAAUGGUGGUUGAAUUACAGAAGGUAACUGGAGAUAGGCAUUUUAAGUUAUAAGAAACAUGGGAUCCCCUUUUAUUAGGAAAAUAAACCUGACAGUGGUUAUGAGCGGGCUUUCCCCAGUUGUCCCAUUGGUUUUAGAAUAAUAUCUCUGAGGAGGUACAUCAGAGCACACCCCUUUCAGGUUUCAGGGGAUGAAAAUUCAAGGCACAACUGUUAAAUAUCACCUUUCUGGUCCAAUAUAAAUUGUGAUCAUUUUUAAAGCACUCUGCUGUUUUAUGCAUGCAUUUUUUAUUGUAGAUUUCAUCACAGAACCAUAGAGUUGGAAGGGACCCUAAGGGGCAUCUAGCCCAAACCCUUGCAUUGCAGGAAUCUCAGCUAAAGCAUCCGUGGCAGAUAACCAUCCAACCUCUGCUUAAAAAUCUCCAGUGAGGGAGAGUCCACCACCUUCCAAGGGUGUCCGUUCCACUGUAGAGCAUUAAACAUCAGAUGAAUUGUUUUAUAUUAUUUAGUGUUGGUUUAAAGCACACAGAGCAGAGCAUAAAGAGGGCUAAACUAUAUAAAUAAGGUCAUUUUGUUGGAGCAUAGUGAAGUGACAGCCUGUUUUUUCCCCCAUUGAGGACUUCAGAUAGAGGCAGUUAUUUACCCUUUGCCUAAAAUUAUCCCUACCACUUGUCUAGGCCAAUGUCUCAAAGAAAACUGUUCUACUGAAGCUGGUGACCUGGCACUUAAUGACAAAUCGUAGGUCAAAAGGUUGUUUAUUUGGGCUGUAAUGUAUGCCAGCUAUCCUUGUAACUUACAUACUUUAAUUCCAUCAGUGAUGGCAGACUUUCCUGUUGGGAAGAAAAAUUACAGGAUAUUAUUAUUAUUAUUAUUAUUAUCUGGGAGAAAAUGGUAAGCCAGCUUCAUAGGGAUUUUAUGGUAAGCAGUUGCCUCUUCAUGUAGCUUUGUUGUUGAACCAGAUGUAUUUUUAAUUGCAGCCCUACAGGAAGAUUGGAGGAGUAUUUGGCCUGCAUGGCUAAAAUUCAGAAGGCUGUGGAGUAUUUCCAAGACAACAAUCCUGACAGCCCAGAGCUUAAUAGAGUGGUAUGUAAAGCAGUUGCACACGGGACUACUGACUACAGAUUCAUCUCUCUUCAGAGCUUUCCUUGCUUUUUCCAUUUAGGCUUUGCUCCAUUUGGAAGCAAAUAUCAACACAUCAUAAUCUCUCUGAAGAUAGUUAUCCAGAAUGACAUAUGAGCACACCUACAUUUUGUUUUUGAGCUUUUCUUAGAGAAGCAGCCUCUGCAGAAGCCCCAAAUUGUCUGUGUUUAAACCCUGUGUUUAAAAAAGAAACAUGCACAAAAAUGUUUUGAUACAGGAACUUAUAAAGUAGAAAAUGGUGCUCACUUGGUUUUUCCCUUCUGCUUUACAGAGCGAUUUAUGCCAAAUAUUAAAAAUGGAUUUUGAGCAGAUGAUUUUAAAGUGGGGGGAAAUACUGUAUAGUACUGCUGGGAAUCAGAAGUGGGGAAUUCAGGCAUUGUGGCCAUUGUGAGAACAGGAUACUGGGCUAAGAUGGGCCAUUGGCCAUUGGCCUGAUCCAGCAAACUUUUUUUUGAAAAAGUUCUUAUGCCAAAUCUCUAGCUUAGGAGGUGAAAGAGCUAUCUGGUAGUCCUGCAGGUGUGUCUUCUGAAAGGAAAACAGACAUAUUUGGGUGCAAAUGCACUGUGCAGAAGCCGAACAGUGCUGUUUUACCACCUUAAAACCAAUAGUUCUUACAGCUAAUCUUUUUCAUAUAUGUUAUUCCAACCAGAAAUUGUUGUUCGAGAAGGGGAAGGAGUCUCUGGAGUCUGAAUUUCGUAGCCUUAUGGCACGACACUCUAAACCAGUUCCACCAAUCCUUAUCCUGGAUCUCAUCACUUUGGAUGAUGAAAUGGAAUUGCAGGAAGAUGUGACAUUAGAACACCUCCCUGAGAGUGUUCUGCAGGACAUUGUCCGUAUUUCUGGUUGGCUGGUGGAGUAUGGGAGGAACCAAGGUAAGUCGUGAAGUGAUUAGUUGUCUUCCUUUUUCUUUCUUUCUUUUAAGCUUCAGGCAGUCAGCUAAGACCUCCUUAUUUUGCUAAGCUUUCAGUGUGGGUUAAAGUUUGGUCUUGCUGUUUUUAUGCUGAGUUAAUUUUCUUCUCUUCUUGAGUUUAUUGUAUGAAAUUGAUCUGAAUAGUUUGGACAACCUUACUGCAUUUUGUGCAUUUUAAGACAUCAGCAGUGGUUGAGGUUACAUUCUUCUAUAAUACUUGAAUUAGUUGUUGUCACCUCUUUUAUGAUACAUGAACAUAUUCUGAUAUUUGUUUCCCCAACUGAUCCUGUUAGCUUUGCAUAUUCCAUGUAACUCCCAGGAUUCUGUGGGGGAAACCAUGACUGUCAGAGUGGUAUAAAUGUUCUUCAAAUGUAUGGUGUGGUUUGUUUGAGCCCCAGUUCAGGCAUAAUGCAAAGCCCAAGGAUCAUGGCUCCUGCUCAUGAGCGAAGUGGAAGUAAACCAUGAACCUUGGCUUACCAGGACAUGCAAAUCAAUACCACUGUGUGGCACAAAUCUUCAAAGCCCUUAUUUUAAAGUGACUAAAUUUGCAUGUAUUAUAAAACUUGUCAACCUAAUACUAAGAUCAAUUAUGGCUUAUGCAGCAAAGGUGCAUUUAAAAAAACACCAGUUUGUGUGUAGUAGGCAAAGAUGCACAGCUGGACACCCCUGCCCUGGGUCUCAUCUGUUGUUUUUCAUCUGUAGUUAUAAUUCUACUGUGUGCACUUGUGCACUGAGCCUGGAAUAGGCUCAUUGAUUUUUUUUUCACUUCACUAGUCCACAACCUUCAAAAUCCCCUGGGUGUCUGUUUUUUGUCCACCUUCUGAGCAGAGGAUGGUUAUUUUUGUGAUGAUAUUGCCAGUAGAUGCAGGCUAAUAUGGAAUAGAAAAUGAAAACAUAUCCUCUGCCCUGCAUAAAACUCCAGGUGGAAUAUUUUGUGUGCCAGCUUUUAAAAACAAUGCUAAGCAUUAAAAAGUGUUCUGGAAUUCAUUAUGCUUCAUCUAUUCUACACAAUCUUGUUGUAAUCCUUAUAAUGACCCCAUUUGAUAUAUUAUUAUUAUUAUUAUUAUCAUCAUCAUCAUCACUAUAUUGAGAAUGAAAGAAAGGGUAGUACAGUGGUGCCCCGCAAGACGAAUGCCUCGCAAGACGGAAAACUCGCUAGACGAAAGAGUUUUCCGUUUUGGAGGUGCCUCGCAAAACGAAUCUGCUAUGGGCUUGCUUCGCAAGACGAAAAUGUCUUGCGAGUUCCUGGUUUUUUUUUCCCUUUUCCCCCUCUUUUUCUAAGUCGCUAAGCCGCUUAUCUGCUUAUCCGAUAAGCUGAUAAGCUGCUAAAAGCCGCUAAAAGCCGCUAAUAGCGCUAAUAGCGCUAAUCCGCUAAUCCCAUCAAUGGGCUUGCUUCGCAAGACGAAAAAACCGCUAGACGAAGAGACUCCCAGAACGGAUUCUUUUCGUCUUGCGAGGCACCACUGUAGUCUAUUGCCUACACAAAUUCAGGAAGGUCAGUUUACUUCUAAGGUGUUCCUGCUUCUAUAAAAAUUAACUGUCAGCUACUAUUCUGAAAUUCCUACUGUGAAACUCUAAUUGCUCUUUGUGAUUAUUACAGUAAUGUAUUAUUAUAGUACUAUGCGUAUAGGAUGUAUACACUGACUAUUAGUUACUACAACCCUAAUCUAUGAAGCUCUCUUGUAGCCUGAACUAAGCCCUGUGGGCAUCAGUUGUAUGACAUGGUUUUUCUUGUGGUGCAGGAUUUAACUGGCUGUUUGAGGAGGAGCAUCUGUCUGCAGGAGCCCAGAGAGGAAGCCUAAAGAGGGAGCACAGAACGGGGUCUUACACCAGCAUAGCCUCUAGGGAGAGCACUGUAGGGCGAGAAUUAGAACACAACCGUAGUAAGUGUAGGAAGCUUAGAUUUAGAAAGCAUCUGGGAGUGAUGUAGAAUACAAAACUACUUUCAUGUGCACUGAAAAGAAUUCUAUAGCUUUUUUUACAAAGUAACUAUGGUCUAAACCACUGAGCUAGGGCUUGCCAAUCAGAAGGUUGGCGGUUCGAAUCCCUGCGACGGGGUGAGCUCCAGUUGCUCAGUCCCUGCUCCUGCCCACCUAGCAGUUUGAAAGCACGCCAAAGUGCAAGUAGAUAAAUAGGUACCGCUCCAGCGGGAAGGUAAACGGUGUUUCCGUGCGCUGCUCUGGUUCACCAGAAGCGGCUUCGUCAUGCUGGCCGCAUGACCCGGAAGCUGUACGCCGGCUCCCUCAGCCAGUAAAGCGAGAUGAGCGCCACAACUCCAGAGUCGCCCGCGACUGGACCUAACGGUCAGGGGUCCCUUUACCUAUACCUUUUAACUAGUAGAAGUGGUCUGAUUUUACUGUAGUAGUAAUGUGUUGUUGUUUUUUAAUAUAUUGUUAUGUUAUGUGUUAAAAUAUUUCCAUCAACAACUAAUGCAAUUUUCAAACAAGUUUGCUUUGUUUUCCUUUUUUCAGUAGGAUUUUUUACUAACUUAGUAUCUACUGGCUAAGCCACACAUUCAUAUGAAUAAACCUUAAGAUGCACCAGACAUGCAUUUUGAUGUACUGAUGAGGUUUCUUUUAAAAUCAAGUUUAUUUCAAUUAAUACUAAAUAAGCAAGUUUUAUCUGAACACGGAAUAUAAAAUUUAUAAUUCAAAUUUAUGGAUUAUAUUGUUUGAAGAUUGGGGUUCGUUUUUCCAUUAAGCAAGAAAUGCUAUCAAAUUUCAAACGAAAUUAUUUUUGAUUCCCUCCCAUCACGAUAGCUUUGAUAAUAUCAAAUGUGGUUUGGAACAAAAAAACUAACUGCUGAUGUACACUACUAAGUGCAUGUAUAUUUCUUCCUAGACUUCAUGAAUGUUUACUAUCAGAUCCGUUCCAGCCAGUUGGAUCGUUCUAUCAAAGGACUGAAGGAGCAUUUCCGGAAAAAUAGCUCUUCCUCGGGGGUUCCAUAUUCCCCUGCCAUUCAGAACAAGAGGAAGGACACACCAACUAAAAAGCCCAUCAAAAGACCAGGUUAGUCCGAAGUGUUACAUGCCAGUUCCUUAGAUUUGUUCUGGAAGCUCCAGUCUUAAUAGUCUUGCUUUUUAAUCAGUCUGUUCAUCUGAUGGAGUUCUCUUUGUCUUGUGAUGUUUGUUUUUCAUUGGGUAUUUUCUAGAUGUUUUCAUUUUGGUUGGAUGCCUACAUAAAUUUCCAGGUUGCUGUGAAGAGCCCCUUAAAUAAAAGCUGCAUUGUGUUCUUUUCUUUCUUUUUUUAAUGAAAUGGUUAUAAGGAAAGUGAUGUAUGGAGGACCCAUCAUUCCCUGGGCCCUUUGAGAUGCCCAUCAUAUUUCACUGGCCACAGUAGACAUGCUUGCAGAUACAGCAAGCAUUUUAACACACUCUAUGAAUCUAGACGGAAGAUCUGUGAAUCUAGACAGAAGAUUUUUGUACUGUGUUCCUUGAACCAUCAGUCUCAGCAAGAGUGCCCAGGUCUCAUUGGGGGCAGAUGGGCUCUGCUGUUGUCAUUAGUAUGAAAAAGCUAGAGUCUGUUAUAAUUCCUCCAUUGUCACAGACCAUGCUAGCUAAAGAAAAUUGCUUUUUUGCCAAACGUUCAUGCACAUAUUUCUCAAGUGUAGAUGCUAGAGUGAUUUCCUUCAUGGAACUCCCCACUGCCCACUGUUGGUGAUGUGGAACCUCAAUAAAAUUGCAAAAUAAAAAUCCCUUUGCUGAACUUUCAGCCACAGCAAGUACUGGAGGAAAGGGCUUAAUUUUAAGGGUUCCUUAAUUAUAGCAGUUGCUGUAAGUAUCUUGCUGCUUGCUAUUUGACCGCUCUAGGCUGUUGGCCUUUACAUCAUGGGCAUAGCCAAGGUGGAGUGGCUAGGGGGGCAGCUGCCCACCUAGAUCAAAUAAAACAAUAGAAAUACGUAAUUAACUGACCAAUCACGUUGGUUCUCCCCAACGAAGUCCUGCCCCCCUAACAAAAAUCCUGACUACACCCAUGCUUUCCAUACAAGUGUAGAGUGUAGCUGUUUUAUUGAUUAAAAAUGAUAACUAUCUGAAAGAGAAAACAAUGUUUAAGGAGGUAGGUAUUUUAUACCAGCUUCAUCUUCUGUUUAUCCAGAUCAAUUCAAAGCAUUGCAUAGUGUGUCUGGGGGGAAAAGAUAAUAAUAUUACUGGAUGAAACUAAGAAUUAUAAAUGUUCUCCCAAUCUAUAGAAAUAAUAGACAAGUAGGAGAUUUGUAGAACAGUCAGAGAUUGAGUUAUGAGGCAUUACAAUAGCAUGUUAUAAUUGUUCUAUGUCUUUGUUUUUGUUUUUAUAAUCCUUAUGUGAAUGACAGUCCUCAUCCCAGGUAAAGUGUGUAUUCUGUGUGUCUCUUCUGCAGCUUGACAGACCUUAACUAAACAUCUAUGUGCUAAGAUGCCAUUGCAGACCUGUUACUAGUGCUAGCAAAGUCUGUGCUUGGGUUUUUUCAAGGGGAUAUUUGCCUAUGGAGGGGCAUAGUUACAAUGCCCUGGAGUUCUUCCUGAAAGCUGACUGUGCUAAGAGAGAAGCUGAGGAGGUUUGGGGUCAGAUUUUUAAAUUAAAGCCAGGUCCACUGUCCAUGUGUACAUAUACAUUGACUAGACUAUCAGACAUUUUACCUCUCAGUAAGAUGGAAGCAAAUGUUAAUUUACUGAGAGCAAUAUAUCACUUACCGCCAAUGAUGUUUUUGUUUUUCCAACCCUGAGACUAAAACUGCUGUUUUGUCUGAGACAUACCACUUUAUCUGGUGUGUAAGGCAGUAGAUGCAGUGACGUCAUCCUUGUCUGACUGCCUCUGAUAUUUCCAAAGCAGUGGGUUGCUACAGUUGUGUGAAGUGUAGGGACAAUUCAGUGGACCACACGAGACUAAUUAACAUCCUUAAAUAAUUUUGUCAUGUGUGCUACCCAUUUGCCUACAGCACCUAUAAUGCCAAACUGAAUGAAACACGUAUUUCUGACAUGCUGGAUGUGCUCGGUCUGCUAGCUUUCUCAGUUGGUGAUCAACUAGAAACCUGGAAAAUGAUCAAUCCCAACUAACAGUGUGUGUUUGAAGUAGACCUGCAGAGAAGCAAAUCUUAAAACAUAAUGACAGAUAAUUGUGCUAUAUAAUUAUUUGGCAGAUACUGAAUCACUCAGUUUUAUUUCCCAAAACUAUUCAGCUUUCAAGGGCAGCUCUUCACGUGACAUUCUAAUGUCUCUGUCAAAAUUGUCGCUCUUGGUUUCUUUUGUCGGAAUGUAAUCAUCCCUUAUUUUGUCUCUUAUCUGUCUUGAAUGAUGGGCAAAGAAGCAACUGUUCCAUUUUCUGUGCUGCUGCUUGAAAAAAUCAUGUUCACUCCACCACCCCCAGCCAAUGUUUAGCUUCUAGUUAGUGUUCCAUGGCUCCAAUGGAUGGGUAUCUCUGUACUACAUGCCUAUUUUAAUCCCAUACAUUGAAUGAGUUAAAACCUUGCCCCUCCCUCCUGAAAAAAGAGAAAAGUCUCAUGGAGCAGGUAUAAUGAGCUGGGAGAAUAUGUGCUACGAAAGUGUUAUAUUCAUGGAUGUAAAUGAUAGAGCCCCACCAAAGUGUAACUGAACUUGAGGAGAGCUUGUCUUCUCAAUAUAUGGAUGUCAACCCUUUUACGCUGUUGCUCCCCCCCCCACCCGCCCCAAUAUCUCUACAUCAUUCCAGACAAAAUCUUGCAGUAUUCAAGGAUAGUUUUUAAUGCAAAGAAAUUACAAGGGGGCAUGCUCAGUGAUUCCUUGGGACUUCUUAAAUAGAUCACUAAUUUAUCGACUUAGGAGAGAUGCCAUCAUGAUGUUUAGACACAUUUUUGCUUCAUAAUAGGAACAAAGCUGAUAGUUUGGUCCUGAGCAAAGUGGGGGGCGGCUUUCUGCUGUGGAGUGACUUUUAAUAAAAGUCUUUGAAGCCAUUGCACUAACAGAAUUAUUUAUGUUGAAAAUAUGUCUCUUCAUGGGGAAAGGACCUAAAGUUCCCUCACCACUAUGCUACAAGUAACCUAGAUGUCUCCAAGUCCACCCCCCACCCCCCAAUACAAGAACCACUGGGUUACUGACUUCCCGAAUGCUUGCAAGGAGAUAAUGUUUUCAGGACAGCUGUGUAAGCUUAGAAGUAACAGCCUGUUUCUCCUCUCUCGGCUUGAUCACUGCCUCUACCUUGAAUGUGAUGCCUUCAUUAGUAACCGCCAUGCUGUCCCACUUGGUUCAAAAGCGCCUAAUCGGGAGAAAUAAACCUAGAACAAAAGCAGUUGGUUUCCAAUAGAAUCCAUCAAGGCCUAAUUAGGAUGCUAAGUACUCUGUUCUCCAGUAGCACUGAUUUAAUACCCAGAAGCACUUGGUGUGUCUGGAGGUAAAUAUGGCUAAUUGUUCUUAUGCAAAUCAGAGGAAGACAGUGAGCCAAGGUCCCUUAUCUGUAGAGAGUAUGGAAGACUUAACUUUGUAGUUUUGCAUAGGGAAUAGCUCAUACUGAUGCUUGCUGAAUACAUAGUAGCUAGAGUCAUAUUUACAUUCUCAACAAAAAUAAGAGUGCUAAUUUCAAUUAUGCACCAGCUCUUCAGAGCCUAGUGAUGUUUUGCGUAAUCAGUGGUAAGGCUCAAAAAAUGUAGCAUGGGUAACCUAAUUCUAGGAAUUCAGGAAGCAUGGGUCAAUUGCACAGUUCAAAAAGCUUAAGAAUGGCUUCAUACUUUUGCAGGGAAAAGGGAUUUUUAAAGUUCAAUAUUUAUUAAAUUUACACCCCACUUUUCCUCCCACAGGAGCCCCGGGUGGCCUGUGCCUCAUUUAGCAAUACUUGCUGACUGCUAGCAUUGCUUUCAGACACAAGGCAUGUAAAAAUUAGGCAUGUGCACACCCGUUUAUGAUCUUGUACUGCUCCACUUUAAUAAUACAGAAUUUGAGCAAAAUUUAAAAUUUGUUGUUCUUUGCAAGCACUUGGAAGAUAACUUGAUCUGGCUUUCUUAAUGCAAUGAUUGGUCUCAUGAUUUAUUGCAAAAGCAUUAUCUUAAUUGGAACUGUCCCAUGUAAAUGAAGUUCAGUGUUUACAGCAUUGUUGCAAGUUGACUAAUAUAGAGUGCCUGUGAUGAUUGCAAGCCAUUUGUGGUUUUCUAAAAUGUUUUAAAAUAUACUUUAUAGGUUUAGUCAAUAAACCUCAGCGCAGAUUCUGCAGUAUUAAUGUUCUUGCUGUUAACCAGUUUUAAAUAUCUGGCAGGUGGAGAACAGCUUACUGUAUCUUAUGCCCUGCUGUCGUUAUCCUACCAUAUGAUGGCAUUUGAUAAAUAAUGCAACUAUAAUAAUAUUGUCACAAUGACAACUUUUGAGGAGAGAUUUCUGCUGCCUUAGUUCUUUCCCUGAAUACAAUUCCACACAUUCAAAGCUAAACUUGCCUUCUUUGAUGUAUACUGCAUUUGUAUGCCCACAAAGUUUUAGGCAAAUUGUUAAGUCAAAUAUUCUCUUGUUUCAGAAAAGUGCAUUCCAUUGAUACAAGGUGUGCUUAGCAUAAAUAGAAACAUAAAGGCUCGCAGCAGUGGCAAGGGUACUUCUUUCACCAUUAUUUUGUUACAGCACAUAAAGUGCAAUUGUACCAUGAUAUCUGCUCUAAGUGGGGUACACAGUAUUUGCAGUAUUUUUAAUCAGCAAUAGGGCAUAUAAUAUCGCAUCUCCAUUAGAUUAUGGGUGCUGGGGUUGGCUUGCUUGUGUGUGCAUUGUAAGCAAAAGUGAAAGGUAUUCUUAGUGAUAUAUUACAUAGUUUGUCCAUUUUUACCAUCAUUGGAAAGGUUAUAAAGCACUUUAUACCUUUCCAAAUUUGUUUCUUCUGCGUCUGUGUCUAGAGUGUUGUUUGUCUGAUGUCGAAAGCAUUGCUUGCACUCGGGGUGUAUAUGUACCAGGGAGGGCGGGGGUUAUGCCUAUCUGCGCUCUUGAUUCUGUUGGUAUGUUUUGUUGCAUGUUCACUAAUACAUUCUCAUGUAAAACUGAGGUUUGUUUGUGAACUGACAUUUUAACGCUUUCUCUUGUGCUUUUUUCAGUGUUUCUUAGUUGCAGCAUCCUGCUUCAGCUACAGUUUAAUGCUUUCUUCGUUUUUUUGUUUUACAAAAACGUUCAAUUUUUGUGAUGUAUUUCAUUUGCAUUUAUUCAGAAGUAGAGUCCUAGGGGCUGGGGAGGGGCACAGCUUGACUUUUUGUCCUUUCAUUUUGCAGCUAGGCAAGGGGGCUGGAGCAGAUCUGAGCUGUGCUGUUAGCUUCUGCCUUCUAUUUUCUACAGCUCUCGUGGAUGCUUACCCUGUUCUGUAAAGACUUAGCUUUCUCUUUACUUUACCUUUUUUGCUGUCCAUGGUGAGAAUGCUCAGAAUAACACACAGUCUGUAACUACUUUUGUGGCCAGCUGUUCCUGCGCACAAGGCCGUGGGUAUGCCUUAUGUGGCCAUUGGGGGCAGGCAUUCCCUGUGGAAUGUGGUACCUGCUGUGAAGCCUUGGGGUGCUUGGCUGUCAUUUGUGACUUACAUUUGUGCUGCUUCUGCUAGACUGGUAGGGGAUUGGGAAAGAAUUUCCAGGAUUCAGUAUAUGGUGGUCUCUAGCACAGAGUCAUGUGCCUCUCUGUGCAUCUCCCUACCAGUUCUCCUCGAUAUUCUUCCCUCAUUUCAUAAUAACAGAAAAAUAUCCGAAAUCUUCUGCUCCCACAUGCAGUAUUGGAAACUAUGUGAAUUGAUUUGGUUUGACUUCAGGCAUUAAGUGCAAUGUGGCUGAUGCAAACAAAAAACAAAACAGAAAACAAAACAAAACUGCAAUAUUUUUGUGUGGCAUGGUCUUUCUUGUUUGUAAAUGGUAGCCUUGUGGGAAAAUGGCAGACCAUGCUUGUGCUCACAGACCUCAUGGGAGGUGCUCUAACCUGAUGCAAUCCAACUGAUGCAAGCAGUUGCUGCUUACAUUAUUAUUAUUAAAUAAUAUUUAAUAGCAGCAGCAAUCCGUUAUUAGUUUUAAAAUUCUUAAUGUCCUGUUUCUCAAGAUUCAGAGCAGCUGACAAGGUAAUAAAAACAAUAAAGCCAUCACAAAAAUUAAUAAAAACAAAACAGAUAGAAAGGAUAAAACAAUUAAAGCAAAAGAAGUCAUCCAAGACUACGAAUUAACAGAAACAGAAAAUGAGGAUUAACCCUCAACAGAGCAAGAAUCCUCAGCUUUCCCACAAAAGCUUCCCUGAAAAGCCACAUAUAGAUGGGAUGGUGAUUUAAAAUUAAAGAAGGGACAAGGCUAUCUUCCACAGUUUAGGCCCUGACCCUUGUAUACACCUGCUUAACCUUAGCUGGUUGGGAAACUCAAGCAGGACCUCUGACUAUGAGAGUGCACAGGGCUCUGCGUGCAAAGACUCACGCUGCACUCACACUGCACUCACACUGCAAAGAAAUGGUCCUCCCCUUGUGGUGCUCAUGCAGCAUCUGUAAUAAGCGAAGCCAUUUAGGGCUUUAUCCACUAGUACUAGUACCUUGAAUUGGGUCUGGUGGCACACGGUCCCAUCAGGCUGCCCAACUUGCCAACCUUGCAGCUGCAUUCUUCACUAACUGCAGCUUCUGGACCAUUUUCAAGGCAAGCGCCACUUAGAGCACACUGCAGUAAUUCUUCAGUCUCCCUAAGGGGAUUGGUGGCAGUAUUAAAGGGCACAUAACUGGGCAUUCCUGAGUCUGUGUAUGUGUAUAUGCAGAGCAUUCUCACUGUUGGCCAGCACUGCCAUGCUAGGUUUGGUUGGCAAGGCACUGGUGGAGGGUUGCUUUGUGUUUUGUUUCUCUCUCAUUCAUUUCCAAGGUCUCUUUGUCUCUCCUCUCUUGUGGCUCUGGUGACAGGCACGAUCCGUAAGGCUCAGAAUCUUCUGAAACAGUAUUCUCAGCAAUGUCUAGAUGGGAAAAAGGGGGCCUCUAACCUCAUUCCUAUGGAAGGUAAUCGCUUCUCUCACUUUUCACUCUUGAAGGGGGGCGUCUAACUUGGGUAUUGGCCUUUCUUCCGCCUUCAAGGCUUCUGUUAGUCUUUAGCCCCACUGCCCUAUACAAUGAGGUUGCUCAAUAAAUAUCCUGGCUUCUUGUGUCUUUGGGACACAAAAACUGCACAAAGAGCAAAGAGACCAAUACAAAAAGAUAGGGCAGCAGGUAACUCUUUGCAAUGCUCUAAAGAGUUGCAGGCCACAUAAAUUUAGAGAGGUCCAAUCUGUGAUGCAGUUUGACUGGCUAACAGAAGUUCUGUUGUAGCUUGGUGUGACCUUUUCUCUCCAUGAUCUAUCCUUGUUCACUUCAUCUGGAAAGGUAGCAGCCCUUUCAACCUUGAUCAAAUUGGAAUCGUUAAUUCAAAGUACAAUGCCUUGCUGUCUCUAAAUGAAUUUUAGGGACUACAUUUAGAAACAAAGGCAGAAUAACGGUGGCGCUUGCUUUUAACUAUGAACCAUGCAUUAUGCCAUAUUCUUGAUCAUGUUUGAAACUGCUACUACUGCUAUGGUAUUGGAAAAGGGGGUCGUAGACCGGGUUGCCAGGAAAACACUUGUAAAUGUCUGAGACAAGCAAAUAAAACCUGAAGAGACAAGCACUGUGAUGGCCUGGAUAAACCACUCCUUCUGUUAAUGCCCGCUGACAUCUCGCUAGGUCAUGAGCAUGAUUUACGAGUUAAACACCUUUCCGACACCCUGAGUGACAAGCAUGGGCCAGCUGCUGGUAAGUACCAUAUUAAAACUUAAGCUGGUUAAUUUAAUACUUUUAUUUUUAGUGUUUCUUGAGGUAUUCUCUUAGGACAGUUCCAGGUGAAUUUCCUCUCCCACCCCAAAUCGGAGUAUCUGACUUUUUCAAGCCGCACCGGAUUGUGCUGAUCUCUGCUAGUCUGAAAGACAACAUGGGCACAAGAAGGGUUGACAUGGAUGGAUCCGUCCAAAAGAGUGGCCGCAGCACAAAGCUCCUAUACUAGCUGGGACCUCUUUCCUUUAGCACUCUUCUCCACAACCCCCGAAUACAGUUUAAUCUUAUAGUGCUAAGCCACUCAUAUGAGAGAUGACUGUCUGGGCUGUUCUUUCCCAUUUAUUCAAGAUUUCAGUUCAGUAGAACUUGUCCCUGGUAUUUUUAUGCAUAAUUAUCUCUGCUGUGCAAGUUCUCCAAACAUCCAUCUUCAACUGAAUGGUGGGUGGGUGGGUGUAUCUCCUCAGUGGACAUAAAACUGAGCAGAUUAUAUGAUGGCACAGUGCCAGUAGCAAGAUAUAAGAAGAAAUGGAAUAAAAUAACAUCGUAUUGGAUAAUGUCUUCAAAACCCCUAUUUUAAUAGUAUUUACGAGCAUUUCUUUUUAAACCUGAGUUGCAACUUUCCGCAGAAUUGUAGAAUACCUUCACAUGCUCUGGUGAUAGGUGUGUAUAAUGGCAAAAUAGAUGUGUCAGCUUCUCCCCACAUCAUAGCAGACAUCAUGGCACAAGGGUUUUGUAAUAUAUUGGAUACCUAUUCUGUUAUUCAAGACAGGAGAAUUGGCUUCUGGGGGUAGAUCUUGUAGAAAUAAUGGGCGAAAGAAGCCAAUAGGAAAUCCAGUAGCAUCAUGGGGAGAGGCACUGUUCCAAGAAGAGAGACGUGGAAUAUGUUCCUGGCCCACUGAGGGCCUUAUUCUGCUAUUUUUGGCAUCAAGAACUUAUUGACAUUAUUUAUUCAUUUAAAAGCAUUUUUGUCUCACUCUCAGCUGAAAGACAGAUUAUUCUAGCAUGUUGGAGGUAUACUGAUGUCUUGUGGCAUUAGGGUUUUUUAAAGGCAUUACCCUAGUUUUAUCAGCUAAAGUAUUUUUUUUAUGUUCCUGUACUUUGUUGGGCAUAAAUGUUUUAGGAAUGGAAUGUGCUACUAAAUCAAGGCAAGGCAAGCCCUUCCUUUUGUAUCAAUGAUGCUGUUGCAAAUAGGAUAGAUACUUUCUAGGAUGGAAUUCUUUAGGAGAAAUUCUGUUUCACAAAGGCACAUGUCAAUCAACACUAGAGACUGUUGUACAAAUUUAAGGUGCUUUUAAGGUGUGAGUGAAUGUGUUGAAUCAUUCACAUUUGGGCUCCCCUUAAAUGCUCGCGCUUAGCUGCUUAAAACAUUGUAUCCUGUCAAGAAGAACAUGAAAUAUUCACCUCCCACCCCUAGAUGCACCCUGUGGGCUGGCAUGUAACAAAAUUUGGGUUAUUUGUAUAGUUUGAAGUCAGUGGUGCUAGACACAAACUGCUCCACUACAAAUGAAAAUAAAUGCUAAUAUUAUCAGGUUGCCACAGGAAACUGACAUCUUCUACGCUUGUGCAAUCCCUACAGGGAGAGAUGACAUGUUGGACAUGGAGAUUGAUGCUUACAUCCACUGUGUUAGCGCCUUCAUCAAACUGGCCCAAAGCGAGUAUCAGCUACUGACAGAAAUCAUCCCAGAACACCACCAGAAGAAGACAUUUGACUCCCUCAUCCAGGUCUCCUUGAAACUUAACAUGGUUCCUUCCUUUCGCUCUUGUGGAAAAAGCCCAUUUCUCUAAUUCACCCAGGAUUUGUUUUGCUGUAGGAGUCUUUAGACAACCUGAUGAUAGAGGGGGACAACAUUGUCUCUGCAGCCCGAAAGGCCAUCAUACGUCAUGAUUACUCAGCUGUGCUGACUAUCUUCCCCAUCCUAAGGCACUUGAAGCAGACAAAGCCAGAAUUUGAUCAGGUUUUGCAGGUAACUUCCUAUCAAUAAAACUCACUACAGUAUUGCAAAGCAAGGUCAUGUACAAUUGGGAUGCAGGAUCCAGUUAUUCAUAGCAGGAUCAGGACCCCAGACAGGAUUUUGUAACAGUUGAGAACUGGUAGGGUGAAGGCCAAUUCACAACACAGAUGUCUCUUCGCCUUUGGGAAUUGCACCAGCUGCCUGUAUGCAGCCCAGGACCCAAAUAUUUAAAGGAACACAUCUCCCAAUUUAUGGUAGCCCGUGCUGUGUGAUCAGAGGGAAGAGGCCCUGCUUGUGGUUCCACCUGUGAAUGAGGUACGUUCAGUAACGGCACAAAACAGGGCCCUAUCUGCUGUAGCUCCCCCUGACUGUGAAACUCAACUGUCCCCCUCAUUGGUGACGUUCUGAUGCCAGCUUAAGGAGUUUUAUUCAUUCACGCAUUUGAGAGAUAGUCAGAAGCAUGGGCCACAUGGACAGAUACAGUGGUGCCUCGCGAGACGAAAUUAAUCCGUUCCGCGAGUCUCUUCGUCUUGCGUUGUUUUUGUCUUGCGAAACACGGCUAUUAGCGGCUCAGCGGCUUAGUGGCUAUUAACGGCUUAGUGGCUUAGCGGCUUAGUGGCUAUUAACGGCUUAGCGGCUUUAAGAAAAAGGAAACAAACUCGCAAGCCCAUAGGGAAAUUCGUCUUGCAGAACGACUCAAAAAACGCAAAACCCUUUCGUCUAGCGAGUUUUUCGUCUUGCGAGGCAUUCGUCUUGCGGGGCACCACUGUAUUAGACUUUUGUGGAGUUAAUUAGGUUUUCUGCUGCGUGUAUUGCUUUUAACAAUGCUUUUAGAAAUUUCACUGUAUUUUACAUGUUUUAUGGGAAUGUGUGUUGUAAACCCUUCUGGGGUCUGGCUAGAUGAAGAAUGGCUAUAAAUAAAAAUAAGAUGAUUUCUAGAAACCAAGUGAAAGAGAAGUAGCUGGGACUGAAGCACAAAUGUCCAUUUCAGACUAGCAGGCUUGUUCCCUCUUUCAAGAGCCGGAAGAGCCGUAACUCUGCAGUAGAGCAUCUCCUUUGCAGGUUCAAUCCCUAGCCUCUCCAGGUACGGUAGGGAAAGACUCCUGCCUGAAACCCUGGAGGGCGGAUGCCAAUCAGUGCAGACUAUCCUGAACUAGAUUGGCCAACAGUCUGACUUGGUAGAAGGCAGAUGCCUAUGUUCCGAUGAACGCACACAAGGCCUGGCAGUGUGUUCCGCAGGGAAGCUUGAGUUUUGCCUGCUGCUGACAAAGCUUGUGAUUGUUUUCUUAGCACCAGCAGAAUUGUGAGUGAUACACUCUUGUGUUCAGUAGAUGAUAGUAGCUGCCACACACACACACACACACACACACACUUACACUUGGAAUUGUUUCAUGUGCUGUGCUGGAUAUUUCAGGGCACUGCAGCCAGCACUAAGAACAAACUGCCCAGCCUCAUAACCUCAAUGGAAACCACAGGAGCCAAGGCUCUGGAAGAUUUCGCAGACAACAUCAAGGUAAUGGCUGUCUUUCUGCUGUUUAUCUAUUUAGUAACCCACAGUAGUGCAGGAGAUCCAUGCAAAUGUUCCAUUAAUUAUGUUUAGGUGGACUGUAAAAUCUUGGAAGUUAUAAUGGGAGGAGAGGGGGGAAAGCGACUUCCCUUCCUGGAAUUUAAAAUGUGCAAUUAUAACUAACUUGAUUUUGAUGUAGUCCCUUUAACAGGCAGCAUUGACGAUCAAAUGAGGGGAGUCCACAUAAAGUUUUGUAAAUGUUCACAGAUCUUUUAGCAGAGAGAGGGAGAGAGAAGUGGUUAUGGAGGGAUCAAAUAUAAUGACAGUGGCGUCUGCUUAAAAUCUAUUUUUGUCCACGCAUCUUUUUUACAGUGACCAGUAGAUGGUGCCCUUGACCCGUAGGGCUGUAGAAGUACUUAGGAGGUUCAGGAAAUAUAACUGCAUAAUAACAAGAAUGGGGUAGUUCUAUGGAGUGCACAUUUUUAUCCAUCUUAUCAAAUAUUCUUUGGGGUUUUUUCCUCCCUAGAACAAUCCAGACAAGGAGUACAACAUGCCAAAAGAUGGGACAGUUCAUGAACUCACCAGCAAUGUAUGUGAAGCAAUUCAGAAUGUCCCUUGGUAAAACCAGCUCCAUGACUUCAUCCUUGUUUUCUGUUUUUCUUUGUUACAUAAGGGUAAUAUUCUUGUUGAACCAGGAGAAAUGGCAUGUUUUAAACCUGGGCUUCCAUAACUGACAGUGUCUGGGGUUAAAGGAAAUUGAUUGAUAUUAGGCUGAGCUCAUCCGUGUGAUGCCCAUAGCUGCAGUGGCAUCCUUCAGACCUUCCCCUGACAUCUACAAAAGCUCGGAGCCCCUGCCCACUGACUCCUUUGUCAUGGUCUUCCUGAGAUAAUGUGUGCUCAAACGUUGGAGCACUUUUCAGGCACAGAAAGGGUGUGCAUUACAGUCUGGCAGGCAAUUUGGAGCCUCGCAAUUGGGUGACCUGGUAUAAAUAGUAGAUGCCUUACACUCUGCCCUUGCCAGCUCAUCAGAGGACUUCCUUCUGCUUGCUGUGCUUCAGACUCCAGAUUCCAGCUUCAAAAAUAAAAUGUCCUUGAGAUCUCUGGGCUGGCUGAUGCAUCCUAUGAGUGGCCAGUGUCAGCCACAACUCUCACCUAUUACCACCAGGUCUCAUCUUCAAGCAAUGACCUCCUUCUCCCUUUGCUUGCAACCUCCAUGAUCUUUGAAAUUAAUUACCAUAGAUUAUGCAUUCUUCCAGGAUAAUUAUAGGUAUAAUUAUAGAUAAUUAUAGUUUUCAUAAGAAUGCCCUCCUGUUUCUUUUUCUUCACAAAGUGGAGAAUAACAAAUUGAUUUUUUUUAAAAAACACAUAUUCCUUCUUUUUACAGGCCAUUCUCUUCCUGCAGCAGUUGCUGGAUUUUCAGGAAACUGCAGGCGCCAUGCUAGCAUCCCAAGGUACUCACACACAGCUCCCUGGAUACAAGAAACAACUUCCUUGCACUAAUAAAGUCAUUUCCUUUGCUUGCCUUGCAGUAAAACCUCCUUGACAAGGGUACAGUUUAUGCCUCACCUCAUCGCCCGUCUAGCUUUAUCUGGCACAGCAAAAAAACAAAAACAACCCGCAGCCAUCUAAGAAGUUAUAAGAGAUUCUAAGAGAGAUGCCUCUGGUUUUUCACAUUAGUUUGUUAGUCUGCUGCUAAUUCUAUAAUCCUUGAAGAGUGAAUUUUGAGAUAGCCUUUCAUCUUCUAAGAUAGGUAGCUUUCAGUGAGAAUCAUGUUAGAAUAUUGUUAUCGCCACAUGAACAAGUUGUUAACUGGUUUUGUGGCUAAGUCAUAAUACAGUAAUAUGGAAUAAUCAUAUGUUUCUGGGUCAGUUUCUGUUGGUGGAAGACAGUGUAAACUUUUGAAAUUCAGAGAGUUGUUGCUUUUGGCAGAAUUAGAAGCUAAGACCCUGGUUUUUAAUAUGUGUACUUAAGAUGUUACAUCUGAAACCCAGGGUAUAUAAAACUGUAGUUGACAAUAAUUUAGCAAGAUAUGUUUUUGCCUCAGCAUUAUGCAAUGUUUAUGUUGCUAGGCAUAUAUAGGUUAUGCAGUGGUGUAUCACUAUAAGCCAAUUAAAUCUCUUCUAUGGUUGUUUUUGUUUGAAAAAGAGGUGAGGCCAUUUUAAAGAUUAUAACGUUUAAAGGGGACACCAGUUUGUCCAGUGAGGUCCGUGCUAAGGAGGUUUAACUAAGCAAACUGCACCUUGCAUGUGCUGUCCAUCAUCUGUCCUUUAACAGGUGCCUGUAUAAUACUCAAAACAGGAUCCAUUUCUGUGGCUGACUCACCAAAAUCCCUUCCGCGUGCUCCUUUGCCCGCUUAAAUUGGUAAUGGGCAAAGACAGUUGUGGAGCCAACUCUUUCAUGGGCCAAAGGAGUGGCAGUUUAUUACCAGUAGAGAUAGCUGCAAUUACUUUUUGUGUCUUUUGAUCAGGAAAACAUAACAGUGACUGAGAUUAUAGCAGCUGCCCAAGCAGUAAACAGCUUUGGACAUGUAAAGGGGUUUUUUAAAGUCCUAAUGGUUAGCAGAAUGUGUCUCUGCUAACCUGGCCAAUUAUUAGGUUUGGGGCUUAAUUGCAAGAUUUCUUUUGCAGGGUCUGAUUGCUUAUAUUGUCAUUGAUGUAAAGCAAAAUGUAGUAGAUAAAGAGCUGGGGGUUUUGUUGCUAAUUUGAGACCCAGUCAAAGGCUAACCUUGACUGCACAAGUCUAUGUAAAAGAGCCACAGUGACCUUCAUUUUUCAAGGAAGUUUAAAAGUUUCAUGAGUGGGUGCCUGUGAUCUCAAGUAGUUGCUUCUUUGGGCCAGGUGCCACCUCUUCAGGAUUCAGAAUGCAUAUUUAUCUUGUGUUUUGAGUCCAGUCAGGUAAGGGAAAAGGGCAGAUAAAUGAUUUGCAGGGAAACCAUUAUGCACACACACCCAGCAAAAAAAACACCCUUAUGGAUCUAAUUACAGUUAUUCAGCUUCUCUCAUCAAAGAAAAGGAGUUAGGGGACAAGAGCUGUACUAUAAUGGCAGGUUCAGGCAUAAUUAUAAACAGUGGCUUAUUAUUACUUGCAUGAGCCUUUGGUUCAUGCACUUACAGCUUUCCUCCUCUGGCGCAGUCACAACUAGAAGACUGGGAGCUUUCUGUGCCAAUUUCAAUUAAUCACAGUCUAGUAUUGUAUUCAAACCUUAAGCUGUAGAUUAUCUUAACAAUGGUUAGUUAAAACAAACCAGCUUCAUAAAUUAUGAUCUGAAGUUGGCUUGUUUCAGCUAAUCAGAGUUAAAGCUAAUCACUGUUUGUCUGCAAUUAGUUUGAAAUGGAAGCAAACUUCUAAACUCUUCUUCCUAGCUAUGCCAGGCAUGAGGAGGAGCACACAACCCAGAGGCUUGCUGCAGCUCAUUCCUGUAACAAUAAGACGUGCUUUUUUAUUGCACCCAAAUAAGAUGAUAAGAUAACAACUCCUUCCCCAAAUGAUUAGCAUUUUUCCCACAGACUUGAGUGCAAUUUUCAAUUAACCUUUUAUUAGUAUGCAGGUUGUGACAUUCUUCACCUGUAAAGACAUGUAGUGAAUCUAGGUUGCAAGCCUAUGCGUGCUGGUUUGAGAGCAAGCCCUUCUGAAACAGUGAGACUGAAAUUAGACCAGGGAGAUGUAGGUUCAAAUCCCCGCUGAGCCAUGAAGCAUGCUAGAUAACCUUGGAAUUGUGUAGGGAAAGGAAGCAGAAGCCACUAUCUGUGCCCACUAAAACCCAACAGAGGCCUUCCUUCCUUUCUUUUUGAGUCCACAGCUGCUGUUGACACAUUACUGUGAUUGCAGUUUUUGAAAAAUCUGUGCCCACCAAGGCUGGAAACCCCUGUUUUCAAUGGAAGCUGAGAUUUUUUGGGAAGUCAGAAGCCCUUCUGCAUGGUGCACUGAAUAUAAGCAGCCUUGGCUAUAAGUGGUCUCCUUAGAAAGAAUGGCAUAUAAGCUGCCUACUAGAAACAGAGGUUUCCUCAGUUUCCUGUCACAUCCAUGCUCUCAAAAGGAGUGGCUCCUGCCUGCUGAACCCAUGUAAUGCUCUGUGUUGGUAUCUUCUGCUUGGUUCUUGAAAGUAUGGUUGUCUCUAACGUGUCUUUUUGCACUUUGCAUUUCUUCCUUUCUCUUUUUUUCUUCCUAUCCUUUUUAUCUCUACUCUGCCUUAAAUUUUAUAGUUCUUGGGGACACAUACAAUAUUCCUUUAGAUCCCAGAGGUAAGCAGCAGGUGGUACUUGUACUACCCACAUGCAUACAUAAUACUACCUCUCUUUUUUGCACCUGGUUACAUAUUUCUGCUUGUCUUUAAUUGUACCCAAUAAAAAACAUGUCUUGUUUCAUUUAUCAGAAAAUGUCAGAAUGCAGAGGUGGUUCUCCACCCCACCCCCAAAAAGCUUAUAACUUGUAUGUGGAUGCAGCAGCUCAUUUUCAAGGAGGCUCAAUGUCUGUAAAGCGGUAAAUAGCUCUCUGUGGUUCUUGAUGGUGGUAACAGACCACUCGCUUUUGCUCUAAGGAGUGUGUCUAUAACUCUAAUAGGCAAGCUAUGAAAACUCACACACUGAUGCCCCAACAGCUAGUGGGGAUGCGGGUGGUGUUGUGGUCUAAACCAUUGAGCCUCUUGGGCUUGCCAAUCGGGAGGUCGGCGGUUCAAAUUCCUGCGACGGAGUAAGCUGCUGUUGCUCUGUCCCAGCUCCUGUCAACCUAGCAGCUCGAAAGCAUGCCAGUGCAAGUAGAUAAAUAGGUACCACUGUGGCAGGAAGGUAAAAAACAUUUCUGUGUGCUCUGGCUUAUGUCACGGUGUUCUGUUGUGCCAGAAGCGGUUUAGUCGUGCUGGCCACAUGACCCAAAAAGCUGUCUGUGGACAAACGCUGUCUCCCUCAGCCUGAAAGCGAGAUGAGCACUGCAACCCCAUAGUUGCCUUUGACUAGACUUAACCAUCCAGGGGUCCUUUACCUUUACCUUUUUCCUGCCCCAACAGCUGUUUUUUCUUAAGACAAUCAACUUCAGGAGACUGGGAUUUGAAGCUGGAAAGCCCAUUUUACUCCAGACUGAAUGACACCCCCCCUAUUGUUUUGCUUCUCAUUACGUACCUUCCCUUGCAAACACACAGCCGGGACAACAUGAGAUGGGAAAAGGGAGCAGCUAGGCAGGGGAAAGUAGCAAUGGGAGAAUGGUGACCGGGGAAAGGGUUAAUUACCCUUCCUGUAUUUCUCUCUUCAACAACCUCCUUCAAGCUAUUUUUGAACUCGCAAUUAAGACUUUGUUAUAUAUAUUUGCAUACAACACACAGGCUCAGUUUCCACAUAGCAGGAACCCAAAUCAUGGCUUAGUGUGAACAUGCAGCCUCCCAGAGAGGAGAGGAGGUUGUAGCCUCUGCAUUCCUCUCCUGGUCCUGCUGCUGCCAUACUUUCUGGGGGAAUCAACAUGAAGUGAUGGUAAAAUCCAGGCAUGCUCAAGGUAAGCCUCUUGGAGGAAAGGUGCCUGUUUCCCUCCCCCAGGAGCAGGUAACACACAGUGUACCUGCCCUCGUGCAACAAUAAGCAAACAGGGCCUGUGAAGGGGCACUUCACCUCUUGCCAACUUCUCCCUUGAGAAAUAGCAGCAUAAGAUGUUAGGCAAUAUCAGGUGAGCCACUUCAGCUGGAAGAACAUGUUCUACAUAGAAUGAGCCCUUGUAGGCCACAUCACUUGUAGGCCACAUCACUAGCACCUGCCUAUUAGCCAGCUAAUAAGUACAAAGCCUGGGAGUUGCUUGCAGGCCAAAGACUUGCACGAGUGCAGUGAAACAGGCUCAGCCCUAGACCCACCAUUGGCAAAACUCUUGUCCCCUUCUUCUGUUGGCCUUGUAACAUCACCAAGAAGUCAUAUGUGCUUUCGGUAUCAAUUGGCUCUGCCAGUAUGAAAAGUUCACAUACACUUCAAAUAAAGUUGAGCCAGCUGACAGCUUCUCAUCAAACUUAACACAGUUUCAGAAACAAGUACAGCACUGCUUAAAAGUAAGUUGGUCAUAUUCACAACAAUCCCACAGAAUAUACACUGCUAAGGUUCCAAUGAAAAUCAUGUUUGCGUUCAUACAAGCAAAACCUUUUGUUAACCUGCCUUGUUUAUAUAACAGAAAGCUUGGCUAUUUCCUUCUAACCUAUAAAGUGUCACCCAAAUCUUGCUGAAGUCAAACAAUUGCUUGCAUUAAUAUGAAAUGUUAGCACAGUUUUUGUGGUUUACCAAAACAAUGUUUUGUUUUUAUCCUAAAGAGAAUAUCUGAGACAAACAGAUUUUCGGGUGGGGUGGCGGUGGGAAUGUUUAUAACCAGUAUCUUUUCUCUGUAACGGCAUUCACUAUAUCUGAACUUAUUAAGAUUAUGGUAAAGUAAUUCAUAAGGUAGCAUAAGCCUAAGGUGACAAAGGUUCGGACUGAAUGUAGCUCUAUUCUCCAUUGCAUAAAAUGAGCAGGGGUAAAUUUAGACCAGCCUUCCCAGCCUUGUGCCCUGCAGAUGUUUUGGACUAGCAUCCCCAGUCAGCAUGGCUAGGGGUUUUGGGAUUUGUAGUCCAAAACCAUCUGGAGGGUACUAGGUUAGAGUUAAACUGAUCUAGUCUAGAGUUGAAGCAAAGCUGCUGUUUCCAUCUCAUAGUACACCCAAGAUUAAAGUUUUAGCUGAACUUAGAGAAGUAAAACGUUGCUUGAGUAGGAGACAAAGUAGCCAUAUAAAGAAAUAUAAUAAUUGAUUUGAUGCUUGCUGCCUUUCAGAGACCAGCUCUUCAGCCAGUAGCUACAGUUCUGAAUUCAGUAGACGGCUGCUCAGCACCUACAUCUGUAAGUAACUCCUCACCACUUUGCUACCUUCUUCCUUCUCACAGCCUCCAAACUAUGGCUAUGAUUGGCCCAUUUGAAUUUAAAACGUGGUGCUGAGUCCUGGCAAUCCCUACAUUCAGCUGAGGCUGAGACUGAUGCCAACCAGUUGUGCAGGAAGGAUUCACCCGCCCCCUUUACCUGCAGCCAUGAUGGGCUGCAAUUGCUGCUCCUGCCAAAACAGUAAGCAGUCUAUGAAAUGUAGAUUAGUUCCCUGUUUCAAGGGAAAUGAAAUAUAAAAGAUGGCAUUUUAAAAAUGUGUGGUGUUUUUUGUUAAUUAAGGCUGCAUUCAAACUGUUGCACCUUUCUGUAGAUAUCUUACAGGUUUAUGUAGGUUCCAGUAUAUGUCGUUGGUGUAUUAAGAGUGCACCUUUAUAACACAUUGCAAAGCAAGUGGGUACAUUGUGAUAAAUAGCAAGGGCACUGCUGCAAUCUUGCACAACAAAUAUGAUUUAAAAACAAACAAAUCUUGGACUUUUUUCCAUAAGAAAAAUGAUGAGAAUGAUGGCAGUGGAUAGUUCAGAAUAAUAAACAUCCUAUAAACUGUGUCCACAUUUUGUACAUAUAUAUUUUAAAAAGGAUUAGGAUGACUGCUAAAUAUAUACUUCAUCUGCAAGUGGUCCCAAUGUUGGUUAUCUCACGCUGGAUGCCAGGAUCUUCAAAGAAGCAUCUUCACUGAGACUUUGUGUUAUAUAGAUUGGUUAGAAUUUAGCCAGCCAGCUAAGUGGCAUAGGUAAUCUACUUAAGAUCUUUACAGUGGUCUUCUUGUCUCCUCUCAUGCAUCCUUUCUGUUAAGGCAAAGUGCUGGGCAACUUGCAACUAAACCUUCUCAGUAAAUCCAAGGUUUAUGAGGAAUCUUUAAGUGCCAUCUUCCUGCUUAACAACUACAAUUACAUCCUGAAGUCCCUUGAAAAGUAAGUACUUGGAUAUUGUUUAUGUACGUGCUGGAAGACUGGAAUUUCUGCCACUAUAAUUGAAUUUGUGCUUAUGAGGUUCUUUCGUUAACUCUCUGGCAGAGCACAUUUUGUACUCCAGUUUUUCUGCUUCACUCAUGCUUUGCUCCCCUUCAGAAAGAGCCCUUUGAUGUCUGUCAUUCCUACCGUAAGCAAUGUCUUACACAAAGGAAUGGAAAAUAAAAGCAGCCAAAAGGGCUGUGAUUGCAUCAGGCUCUUUUAUCUUGUCAGCCGAAAAGCUCUUGUUCUGGAGAGCACUUCCCAAUAAAUCCAAGAAAUAAUUUACUGCUGGUUGCUUUGCAUGACUCAAGAGCAGUUACUCAGACAAAUAACAAUUAAUGUAAGCCCUUUGCAGUUUUACAUUCCUGCAGAUGAUCUAGUCCACUACUCAGUACUCAAGCAUUUAUAUAUCUAAAUAUUUCUACCUGACUAUGCAUACAAUAAUACAAUUAAGUUGGUAGUUAUCCACAUUAUGGUGUACCAACAGGUGGCACAAAGCACACUGCCAUCAGGGAGAACCAUAGUAUGUUUGGUCAGACAAACCCUGUUGGCACAUAGAAAGUGAGGAAUUCCAGUCAUUAUAGGGGGAAAGAGAAAAUUCCAGCUGGUCUGUCCUUGUAAUUAUGGUGGUGAAAUCUUCAUAACCACUAGCCUAGCAAUCAGCUUUGUCAGAGUAUGACAGCGGAUGGCACUGUGGUCUAAAUCACUGAGCCUCUUGGGCUUGCCGAUCGGGAGAUUGGCAGUUCGAGUCCGUGCGAUGGGGUUAGCUCCCAUUGUUCCGUCCCAGCUUCUACCAACCUAGCAGUUCGAAAGCAUACCAGUGCAAGUAGAUGAAUAGGUACCACUGCAGCAGGAAGGUAAACGGCAUCUCCAUUCUCUCUGGCUUCCAUCAUGGUGCUCUGGUGCACCAGAAGCGAUUUAGUCAUACUGGCCGCAUGACCUGGAAAGCUUUCUGCAGACAAACGCCAUCUCACUCGGCCUGAAAAGCGAGAUGAGCGCCGCACCCCAUAGUCACCUUUGGCUGGACUUAACCAUCCAGGGGUCCUUUACCUUUUUUACCUUUGUCAGAGUGCCUAAUGUUCCUAAGCUUCAGAGCCUUAUAUUUCAAUUUUUAAAUGUGAAAACAACACCUAUUAGUUCUACAUCCCCAACAGCUGCUCUUCAUCCCUAGUGCCUCUCUUACCAUGUGCUCCAAUAGCCCUUGUUGCUAUUGCUUCACUUUCAUCUUAAAAUUGCAACUGAUGGAGGCUACUCCCACCACCCAGACAAGUGCUCCUUUUCCAUCUCCCAGCACCACCACCUCUUAGAUUGCUUUGAACCCCGGGGUUUGGAGGAAGAAGGGUUAAGGUAUGUCUGUUGAGAGUCUAGUGCACAAGCAUGCGUAUUCUGGCUUGUUAACUUCUGGUUCUGCUCAUUUCCCCAAGACCUGACUAAAAGCUGUAACUUCACAGGCCUGGCCUCCUGUGAAAGGAAGGGCAGUAUAGAGAUGUAAUAUAUAAAUAAAUACCAUUUUACAUGCACCCAGAGCUUGCAGGCAAACCUAUCCAUAAAACACAGCGCAGAGAAAGGACCUUAGCAAUUCAACAUCAGUCUAUGGCUAUGCUAUCCCAUCCUGUAUCCCAUCUUUGCUGCUAGUGCUCUGCAGAAGAAUGGGGGGAGGGAAGUGUUUUGGGGUUUGAUCCUGAGCAACAGCUGCCUAUUAUUGAAAUGCUGGGUGGAAAUGAAUGAUACAAUGCUCGGUUUAAUUGGUUUUCAAGAUAAGACGUCUCUAACGUGCUUGCCAUUGGUGGCUAUAUUUUUUAUUCUGCUCAGAGCCUUUGCUUUUCUCCCUAACCUGGAGGAGGAGGAUAAUUAUAAUUAUAAUAGCAUUAUUUGUACCCUGCCUAUCUGACUGGGUUGCCCCAGCCACUCUGGGUGGCUUCCAACAUAUAUGAAAACAUAAUAAAACACCACACAUUAAAAAGUUUCCCUAUAUAAGGAAUUCCUUAGACCUUGUACUGUCUUCAGAAAAGCUCAGGAAGCAGUGCAUUAUCUUGGUGCUUUCCAAGCCUUCCCAAAGUCAGGGCAUGAUCUGAGAGACUCCAUGCCCAAAUCUAGGCUUGGAAGAAGGAGGGGAGUCUUUCUGUCCUUGUGCUGAGGCCUGAAAUGCAGUGGGACGGAUUGUUGCUUUCCAGUCAUUUAUUAGUCACAGAAUGUCAGCUAUAAUCUCAAAGCUUGCGCAGGAAGGAAUGAGUACUUACCCCCAUAGUUGUGCUGAGCCUCUGGUGUGUCUGGAGCAUCUCCUGAAGCUCAAUGUGAUGCCACAGUCAAAACUCCUUCCCCCUUGGGGCAGUGAUGAACCCACAUUUUGGCUAGCUAUCAAGGCUAGCCAACAUUUGUGGGGCCCUGUUUCAACUUAAAACUACAGGUGGACUAAGCAGCUGUUUUGAAAAACUUGAAACUCUAUCCUCAGAAAAGUACUGAUGCCUUGUGACCUCAUUGUUCAUGUAGCACUGCUUGUCCUUGUUCUUCCUCCUAGGUCUGAGCUAAUCCAGUUGGUGGCUGUGACGCAGAAGAAUGCGGAAAAAUCUUAUAGAGAACACAUUGAGCAGCAAAUCACUGCAUACCAGCGCAGGUCAGAAGAAUGUGGCUGCUCCUUUCCCAUUAGAGUCAGGAGGACCUCAAUACUAUAAAUAGCCUAUAAUCAUUGUCUAUGUGAAGAGGCCUUUCAGUAGAACAUUAUGAAGUUGGAGAAGGCAAUUUGUCCUCCUUGGAAAUGUUAUUCAAGUAAAAAUAAUUGGCAUAGAUCGCAGUUCUGACAGCAACAAAUUUCACUCCCACAGCUUGCAUGCAGUAGGGUACAUUGCUCUUUCCAGUAUUUGCCAAAGGUUAGUUUUGCCGAUGAGAUAGGAAACCAACAUGUGAAUGGAUGGCACUUAGAUAUGCUUAAUUGAAAAGGUGCUGGGUAUCUAUACAUAUGCAGAUUGAUAAGCAGCUCAGAGGCUGCUUUUCCAUAUAAAAUAGGUAUUCAGGAGGUGAGGAGUUGAGCUGAACUGAAAGCUUCAUUUUUAUAAGGAACAACUUAGGUGUGCUGACAUGCUAGUCCUGAGAUCCAGACAUCACCUAGUACCACAAGCCUUCCUGUCCCAAGUUGUAGUAGACUUCAAGGAACUGAUUUGGCAAAAGCCAGCCUUGAUCCUAAUACCCCGUCUCUGGCCUUUUAAAAUUUAUUUUUAUAUACAGCUUCACACUUCAGCAGAAUGUUCCCAAGCUGUGCCUACCUACUCUGUAUCUGAUAUCAUAUAUGAUGUGUGGGGCACAUAAAGACAUGAAUCCCUGUUGCAAGAGGGUUUUCCAGGUGCUGCUGAUCAUUGGUGCCUGCCAACUUCCUGUACCUUUGCCCGAAGGGUUUGAUUUCCCUGGAGGUUUUUAAGCAGAAGUUGGAUGGCCAUCUGUCAGGGAUGCUUUAGCUGAGAUUCCUACAUGGCAGGGGGUUGGACUAAAUGACCCUUGGGUCCCUCCCAACUCUUAAGAUUCUAUGAUUUCAGACUGCCAAGGCAAAGCAAAAUGCUCCAUCUGAUGUCAUGGUGAUGCUCACUUGUCAGAAUGGCCUACAGGUGCUGGAUGCAGCCCACUGGUCAGAUCCAUUUUCGUACCCCUGGAGCAGCCUAACAAAUAUUAUUAUUCUUACUUAAUUUCUGUAUCACUUAAUGCCCAAAUAACACAAGCUGCUUAAAAGCACGUAUUCUUCUGAGCCCUGGAUGUACAGACAGAUCCAUGUUUGAAGCCAAACAUGCUGUGAUAAAGGUCUAGACCCCCUAUUUGGAUCCUCUAUAUAUUGGAGCAUAUAUAGCACAUGCAUUUGUAAUUUGUCACUUAUUUUAUUCAUUUGUUUGUGUGGCCAUCACACCCACGUUGCUUACUCUUCUUUAUGUCUAUUUCAGCUGGUUGAAAGUAACUGACUCUUUCUUGGACAGAAACUUGCCUGUCGUCCAACCUGGAGUCAAGGUGAGAACACUUCAGAAGUAGCUUUCUGUGUUGGAAAGUUAGGAUGUAUAUUACACACACACACACACACACACACACACACACACACACACCCCUAUAUAAGAGUUUGUUGUGGAAAUCACAUUAGAGCCAAACUGUUCAUGGUAUUGAAUGUGUUUAGUAUUCCCUCCCAAGACUCUUAUCAGCUUUGUGAGGAAGGCCAAUUUUGGCAGGACUGUGUCAUCCAGGAAAAGAAGCCACCCCUCCAAAUUUGUGAUGAUCCAGAUCUUGUCCCAUCACCAAAGACUUUUUAAAAAUCAAUGGCACAUGAAAUGCUUAUAUGCAGUUUGCGUUAAAAGCCAGCUAGAAAAAGGAAGUCCUUGCUAACUGCCUACGGAUCUCUCAUGAGAGGAUAUUUCACAGGCACCGCCACAGAGAACACCCUGUCUCUCAUACAUUGUUUCCUGAUCUUACCAGUAGACAGGACAGAGAGCAGGGCUAGCAAGAUCAAUCCUAAAGCCCAGACAGGUUCAUAUGGGUGCAAGUGGUUUCUCAGGUAAUCUGGUCCUAAACUGCCUAAGGCUUUCAAGGCUUUUCUGUAAAUCAAUCCCAGAAAAAUAAAUGGGCAAAAGCACAGGUUGAUAUAAGAUCAGAGUUACCCUCUCCAGAUAAUUGGGCACUAGCGUUUUGCAUUAAUGAAGUUACUAUUUUCCAAGGCAGCACCACAUAGAGAGCAUUGCAGUGAAAGUAACCUGGGCAUGGAUAACUGACCCUAGUUCUUUGAGUGUGGUGGUUGCCAGAGGGAAAUAUUGCCUGCUUUGUGCUGGGAAAACCUUUAGAUCCCUGUCUAUAGUGCUCAAACAGAAGUGUGGGGAGCAGCUUUAUUCACAUGCCAUUACGCUAUAGCAAAAGCAGAAAUACUCAUUGAGUAUUAACUGAGUGCAUGUCUGUAAGGCCUGUAUAAGACUCCUAUGAAUGUAUAGGGCCCAGCAUCAAGCUAAGUGCUCCCAAUUAAUCAAGAAGCAUUGGAAUAUCAGCCCUGGAACAAAUUAGUCUGAGAAGAAGAAAUAACAAGAAGAGCUCUUUUUCUUAAUCUCCCACAGCUCAAAGACAAAGAGAGACAGGCCAUCAAGGAUCGCUUUAAGGUAAUUGGCGAUUGGAGCCUAGACAGAUGUUCUUGUUCUUGGCUUUGCACCCAUUUUGUUAACUUUUCCAACUGCUCUACAGAACCAAAUGCAUGCUUAACAUUAUCUUCUCUCUGGGAAAGGGUUUUAAUGAUUGUCUAGAGGAGCUGUGUAAAAUCCAGAAGGCUUGGGCCAUCCCUGACACAGAACAGAGGGACAAAAUCCGGAAGACCCAGAAAAAUAUUGUGCUAGAGACCUAUUCUGCCUUACUAAGCAGGUAAUUAUUUGACCCACAAAGAUGUCUUUGUUCAGAGAGUUUUGACAGGCUUUGAAAGUUGUGUUCCUGAUUUGAAAGCUAUCAUUGUCUGUGAUGGGUUUAUAGAUAUGUGCAGAAUUAGCCCCUCCCCCGGUGUCUGAGGGCCCCCAAGUUAUUAGUAUGCAUUGAGAGGAUACCUUUGAAACGUGACUAUGAAUUGCCAUUGUUGAAUUUAGUAUUUUAGUUUGUUGCCUUUUUUUCCACUCUUCACUUCUCCUACACCCCCAAUUGAAAUAAAUGGAUUCUGACCAUAAGGGUGGAGGUUGCCAACCUGCCACCUGUGAAGGCCCACAUUGGCACACCUGGACAGGAACAAUUGACUCUGAGCUUUCUUUUCUUUUUUGGGGGGGGGGGUCUCUAGCUCUUCUAGAAAGAAAUUUAUGAAGCAUAUUGUACAAGCAACUUUCUAAGCUGGGGAUUUAAGCAGAAGGACGGGUAUAAUACGUCUUCUGGCUCUAUAGCAGCCCAGAGCACUUGUUGGAGUUGCAAAGGCUCGCCCACUUCCAACACCAAUGGGCUGCGAAGUUAACUCCUUUCCUCAUUUUUGGAAGAAAGGAUUUGCCUAGGCAGUUGUGAUGGGAGAAAGAUGGUGAGGAGAGUUAGGAUAGUUGCCACCCCUUUGUGGGUUUUUGUCUGUACCAGUAGCUGGCUACAUUUGAUUGUAGGUGGAUCAAGAAGGCAGCAUUUUGUGCACCAAAUGUAUGUAGUAGUAGCUCAGCCUGCAUCACAUUAAACUCCCAGCACUGGGAAUAAACACAGCAAUUCUUUUUCUCUUCAGCCUUGCUGUAUAACAGAUCUUCGACCACUUGUAGCAGUUGUAUAACUUCACUGGAAUUGAAUGGAUAGGGGGAAUUCAACAUAAUGCAAUGUUGAUUGUUCUGUCAGUACAAGUGGAGGUUUUGCCACCUUUGCCCCCUGAGCCACUCUCAGGGGGCACAUGGGAGAGGAAGAUGGAAAGCCCCAUUGCACCAGCAAAUGUUCUUGCACAGGCUUUCGUUAGUGGGACUAGUUAGUUGAAUCCUGCCCACUGCAUGUUGUUCUGGCAUCUGGUGAAGAAGGGGAGGGGAAUUGAGGAGUGAGAAAUCCUGUCCAUGCUUGUCACACCUUUUUCUCCCCCUUGCUUUUCCCUUGGCAGGUAUGGCAAUGUACCCUUUACCAAGAACCCUGAGAAAUACAUUAAAUACAGGGUGGAGCAGGUGGGAGAGAUGAUUGAGAAACUGUUCGACACAUCAGCAUGACCUCUCUGCCUGUAUGUCUCAGUACUUUCUCAGCCCAGUAUGAUGGCCCUGAGUUAUGCUUGUAUUUAUCAAAUUUAUAAAUUCCUAAGAACAUGA